AUGGUUCAACAGGCUUCUUUGGACUUCAACUCAAAGAUUUUUGGAAAUAUUUUUGUGCGAAAAAAUAAGCUGGAAUAUCAGAUUGAUCAGAUUCAAUGGCGUUUGGAGGUUACCGAUAUGUUGUCUCUGAGAAUUAAAGAAGCUGAACUGAGGGAAGAUUACAAUAGGCUUUUAUUGCAAGAGGAACUUUUUUGGUACCAAAAAUCUAGAGAGCAGUGGGUCAAGUAUGGGGAUAGAAACACUAAAUUCUUUCAUCUUCAGACUUUGGUGCAUAGAAACCAUAAUAGAGUACAUGGAUUAUAUGUUAGAGAUGGGUCUUGGUCUACUGAUCCAGAUAGUCUCCAGGAAGAAGCCCUCUCUUUUUACAAGAAUCUCUUUGGUACAACGGAAGAGGUUGAGGUUGAUUGUUUAGGGGAUGUUCCGAUGCCCACUCUAAGCACUGAGGCUUGUGCUAGGUUAAUUGACUGUCUCUUUUGUGGAAGUCAAGUCAGCAGUAUUCAGGUGGAUUGGAGAUUUUUGGAGAGUACUCUCAUUGCUUUUGGUUUUCCUAUCAUCACUGUUAAUUUGAUUAUGACUUGUGUCCGUGCAUCCUCUCUUUCUAUUAUGUGGAAUGGGAAUAGAUUGGAUAGUUUUGCUCCUAGAAGGGGACUUAGACAGGGCAAUCCAAUGUCUUUUUACUUAUUUGUGCUUUGUAUGGAAGGACUUGCUUGCUAUAUAUCUCAUAAGGUGGUCAAGGGUGUUUGGAAACUAGUUUCUGUCACUAGGGGUGGCCCAAAAUUUUCUCAUUUGAUGUUUGCAGAUGAUCUCUUACUCUUCUGCCAGGCUACAAAAAGUCAGGUCCAAAUGGUCAUGCAUUCUCUUAAUAUUUUUUGCAAGGCAUCUGGCAUGAAAGUGAAUCUUGAAAAGUCUAAAGCUUUUUGUUCUAAAAAUGUGACUGCUCGUAGAAGAGAUAUUUUUACUAGUGUUUCUUCAAUACGUUUUGCUUUGGACUUAGGAAGAUAUCUUGGAGUUAACCUUAAUCAUUCCCUUUACCUGAUCAAUUCUGUUGCAGCAUCCAUUCCUACCUAUCAUAUGCAGGUCUCUUUUUUUCCAAAUUGGGUUUGCGAUAAAUUAUCUUCUAUGAUGAGACAGUUCCUUUGGAAGGGUCAAGUUGAUGGUACAUGUCUUUCUCUUGUUAAUUGGAGGACCGUUAUCACUCCAAAGAAAUUUGGUGGCCUGGGUGUUAGAGAUCCUGCGUGUGUUAAUAUAUCUUUACUUGGUAAAUUGGUGUGGCAAUUUUUUUAUUGUCAGGACAAGCCUUGGGUUGCUCUAUUGAGGGCAAAGUAUCUGAGGAACGAGGGAGUUUUAGAUGGCCAUGUCCCUUGCAAUGCUUCUCAUGUUUGGAAGAGUAUCUCAAAAGCUUUUAGUGCUCUUAAGGAUUCCUUCUCUUGGUGCGUUGGGUCACUUGAUCAAUCUUUUUGGUUUGACAAUUGGAGUAUUGAGGGUCCAAUUGCUCAAGAUGUUCCUUUUGUACAUAUAUCUGACUCUGAUUUAACUAUUAGAGACGUUUGGAAAGAUGGUCAAUGGAAUCUCCAUGAUAUUUUCUCUAUCAUUCCAGAAGAUGUCAAACAGCGUUUGAAUGCUUAUAAUUCGGAUUUGAAUGCUGGAGAGAGUUCGGCAGAGUUUCGUUUGGGUCGUGGUUUAGCUUUAUCUAGCACCUGUCAUCGGUGUCAGAAUGGUUCUGAAUCCAUUCUUCAUUGUCUUCGGGAGUGCCCUAGUGCCAAGGAGGUCUGGACCCUUUUAGGCUUGUAUUCAGAUAACUCGAAUUUACAUGAUUGGCUCUACAGAGGUGCAAGGAGUGGAGAUGCUUUUCUUUUCUUUUCGACUAUCUGGUGGAUUUGGAGAAGCAGAAAUCAUGACUUAUUUAAUAUAGAUGAUUCAUGGAGUGCUAGUAAAGUGGUGAGUUUGAUUCGUAGUUCAGUAAGGGAGUUUCACACUAUUUUUGCUAUGCAUCAAUCUCUGUCUCCUCUUUCACUUUGUUUGCAUUGGGUUCCACCUCCAGUUCAUUCUGUUAAAUUGAAUUGUGAUGCUAGUUGGUUUGCUCCUUCUGGCUAUGCUGGUUUUGGUUGUAUUAUUCGCAAUCCUGAUGGAUGUUGGUUGAAAGGUUGCACUGAAAAAGUCGAAGUGUGCAGUGUUCUUUUUGCUGAAUUGUAUGCAAUUUGGAGAGGUUUACUUCUUGCUUGGGAGAGUGGAUUUCGUGAGGUUAUUUGUGAAACAGACUGUUUAGAAGCUCUUUUCUUGGUAAACCAAAGAAUGCUUAGUAAGGAUAUUCCGGAAUGGGAUUUGGCAAAGCAUAUUCAGGAGGUUAUGAAUUGGAAUUGGAGAGUCUCUAUUCUUUUAAUUCAGAGGACUGCAAAUAGUGUUGCAGAUUGUAUGGCUAAAGCAGCUGCUUCUGUCGCGGACAUUCACUUGAAUUGGAGCCAACCAUGGAGUGAGCUUCAACAUCUAAUAGAUUUAGAUAUGACCCUAGCCAAUUAA